AUGAAGGAGUCGGAGAUGGGAAGUGACACGGAGAUGGUGAAUUCAUCCACCGGUCGUCCACCUGACAAACCACCCGACACGCCAUUACUCUUCAAAGGUACGAAGCCCUCUUUCAGAGACAUUACUCUUCUUUCAAAGCCGCUCCCUCCUCCGCCUCAAAAACGAGAUUUGUUCAAAGAAAAUUUAGCGAGAAUUAACCUAAUCGACAACGAUCGAUUGAAGCCGGUCUUGGAGCUACACCCGGAAUACUAUGCCUCAGUAGCCGUCCAUACGAGGAUGGACUUGUGUACUGACGAUGCCAUGAAACCCCCUGCUGAACUGCAUGGAGAUUGGUUGGUGGAACAAAAAAGGAGAAGGGGUAAACCGAACAAGAAUGUGGGGAAGGGUGAGACGUCUUCUCCGCAUCCGGUUGCUCACAAAGUGUCUAGUAAGGCAAAGCUUAAUCCACAGAAACAGGCAAAUACUGCUACCUCAAACCAUUCUAAAAAGAGGUGUCUGGACGUUCUCAAAAGGUCACCCAAACACCUCAGCUGA